AGCAAUAGGGGAGUGGUUUGGCGGUAACACCCGGCAGCUCGGAGGCCGCUGCAAUGCUCCCCUCCUUGCAGGAGUCGUUGGAUGGGGAUGAGAAGGAGCUAGAGAGCAGCGAGGAGGGCGGCUCUGCCGAGGAGCGGAGACUCGAGCCGCCCGCCAGCAGCCACUACUGUGUCUACAGCUACCGCGGAAGCAGACUGGCCCAGCAGCGAGGGGACAGUGAUGACGGAAACUCAAGUGGCCCAAAUGCAGAAACUCCCUCUGGUGAUGACUUCAGCCUUUCCUUGGUGGACACUAAUCUCCCAUCUGAAGUGGAGCCAGAGCUGCGCAGUUUCAUUGCUAAACGUCUUUCUAAGGGAGCAGUCUUCGAAGGGCUGGGUAACGUUGCAUCUGUGGAGCUAAGAACUCCAGGUUACCGGGUUGGUUGUUAUUACUGCCUCUUCCAACAAGACAAACUGCUUCCCGAAACAGCAACAAUGGACACCGAACAUAACUCUUCAGAGUAUGUGGUCUGUUUUUUAGGAGGGUCUGAAAAAGGACUUGGGCUUUUCAGGCUUGAAUUGGACAAGUAUAUUCAAGGACUGAAAAACAACAUGAACUAUGAGGAAAAGGGUUUGGAAAACCACAUAAAGUCCUACCUGAGCAGCUGGUUUGAAGAUGUUGUAUGCCCAAUCCAAAGGGUGGUUCUUCUCUUUCAGGAGAAGCUGACUUUUCUGCUCCACGCCGCUCUGAGUUAUACUCCUGUUGAGGUUAAAGAAUCAGAUGAAAGAACAGAAAGAGACAUUAACAGGUUUCUGAGUGUAGCCAGUCUUCAAGGCCUCAUUCACGAAGGCACUGUGACAUCUUUGUGCAUGGCCAUGACAGAGGAGCAGCACAGGUCUGUGGUCAUCGAUUGCAGUAACUCCCAACCACAGCUCUACAACGCAGGAAGCAAUCGGUUCUGUGAGGAUUGGAUGCAGGCUUUUUUAAAUAGUACUGAAGGAGGUAACCCUUUUCUUUUUCGACAAGUACUGGAGAACUUUAAACUAAAGGCCAUACAAGAUACAAAUAAUUUGAAGAGAUUUAUUCGACAGGCCGAAAUGAAUCAUUAUGCUUUAUUUAAAUGUUACAUGUUCCUAAAGAACUGUGGUAGCGGGGAUAUCCUUUUGAAGAUUGUUAAAGUAGAACAUGAAGAAAUGCCUGAAGCCAAAAAUGUGGUGGCCGUCCUGGAAGAAUUUAUGAAAGAAACUCUUUCUCCAAGUGUCUGAUCAUAUGCUGUGAGAUAAUUAUGUUGUGAAACUGUAUAUUUGAGCCUUGUGUUGGAAAUUGUAAUUGUUAUCAUUGUUCACAGGAUUGCUAUUUAAGAUUAUUUGGUAUGCAUUCUAGAUUUUUUGAUUCUGUACUUUAACAUUUUAACUUAAUUAACAUAUUCACUGAAUACUAUAUAGAUAUUAUAUGUUAAAGUUAUGCAUAAAUUCUAGACUUCAGGAAGUUGUUUGUUAACAUUUUCAAAGGGGAUAUUAUGACUUUUUUUUCAGGAGUUUGAUGCAGUAUUUAGUAAAAUGUUCUCCCCGAAAAGUCGUAAUUCUUUUUCAGUGGGCAAUAGCAUCUUUAAAAGUAAAAAUCCUAGGUGCCAGGUGGUGAUGCACCUGGCUGAGCGCAUACAAUACAGUGUGCAAAGGACCCGGUGUUAAAGUCCCCGGCACCUCACCUGCAGGUGUCUCUCUGCUUCAUUCCUUCUCUAUCUCCUCUCCCUUCUCACUGUCUCUGUCUAUCCAAAAUAAGUAAUAUUUAAAAAAAUCCUAGUCUUAGGACAUACUAGCGCCAUGACACCAUUUCAACAAUUGGUCUGUGCAUCCUGUGGGUGCUUGAUAGAUUUUUUUGAUCUGGUUGAUAAUGGCAAGGAUGAUGAAACCAGCUUUUAAGUCAAUAUACAAAUAAAUCAUGAGUGUGUAAGAAAUCAAGUGAGCGGGAGUCGGGCGGUAGCGCAAUGGGUUAAGUGCACGUAGUGCAAAGCACAAAGACUGGCUUAAAGAUCCCGGUUUGAGACCCCAGCUCCCCACCUGCAGGGGAGUCACUUCACAGGCAGUGAAGCAGGUCUGCAGGUGUCUGUCUUUCUCUCCCCCUCUCUGUCUUCCCCUCCUCUCUCCAUUUCUCUCUGUCCUAUCCAACAACAACGACAUCAAUAACAACAACAAUAAUAACUAUAACAACAAUAAAAAAAACAAGAGCAACAAAAGAGAAAAUAAAUAUAAUAAAAAAAUUUAAAAAAAAGAAAAAAAAAGAAAUCAAGUGAGCUUUAAAAAUGUAUGUAUUAGCUUCCAGAUAUCAUUGUAUAUGUAACAGAAAGCUACUGUUGGCGUGGCCCUGUGCUUUUCUUCAUUCAUUCACAGGUAUUGCCACCAACAACGUGUAUUUUCUUUCUGAUUCUCUGUCUCUGUCUUUUUUGGGUAGGGGUGUGCUAGGGAUCAAACCUAAGGCCUUCAUAUAUGCAAGGCACAUAGACUCUAUCACUGCGCUACACUUCUCUCUCUCUCUCUCUCUCUCUCUCUGUUCCCCUUUCCCUCCAUCCCUCUUCCCCUCUCCCUCUCUGGUAAAAAUGCUGUAAUCUUAAAAACAGUACUAAAAAAAGAAAGUACAUUAAUUUUACAAAUAUAAAGAACAACAGAUUCAUCACAGCAGAGUUGCUCACUGAUUUUAGUUGUGCCUUUGUUAUAAGCCUCAUUUUGUCUGAGUCAAUUGAAAGUGCCCUCAGCUGGAGCCAUUUAUUAAUUCCCACGAAAGCCAUUUGUAACUACACACAUAUGAUUGGAGUUUGUUCUGAAUAGCUCUUUAAUUUGAUAAUGGUUUUCGUUUAGAAGAUCCGAAGUCUUGUUUGCACUGCCCUCAGGAUGCUCAGAGGAACACGAGCCUGUAAAACUGAGGCAUCCUCUCUUAAACUCAUCUAAAUUCACAUUAAGUGCUGAGCUUAACUUUCAAAAUGACUAACAAUGGCCUUCUAUUUCCCCAUCUACAGCAGUCUGGGACAUGAUUCACCAAGCCAUUUCUUUUCCUUUAAUGAGAAAUACAAUUCAGUAUCUCCAUAAAGGCUUUCAUAUGGUUUUAAACUUUAAUAACUUGGAUUGUUGGCAGGAUAGGAAAAAAAAAUCUGGAUAACUGUUUUUAUAGCAUUAACUGCAGAGUGAGUAUGGGAAAUCAGUAAUUUUAUGACACUACCCUUGAAUCUGACUUUUUCAAUAUACUUGAAAGUUAGUUUUCUUAAUAAGCAAUAUUAGCACAUCAUCAUUUUGAUCCUAGAAAACAUAUUAUUUGUUUUUAGAGUCACAUGGCAUUUAAGGGUCCAUGUUUUAAAUGGCAUUUAAAAGAAUAUGUUUCCUGCUUCAAACCAUUUAUAGUUAUGGACAAAGUAUAACUAUAUAUCCUUGAAAUGUACUUUUAUGUAUUUUGGAAUAUAGGUUCAGUACAUUACACAGUAAUAUACAAGACAAUAUUUAUCACUGCUGUACAGCAGGAAAAUGGUGACUUGGAAUUUAAUAUCUGUUGACCAUGAGAAGAAAUGCAUAGAGCUUGUGGCCAGAAAUAAGUACUGUCUUCAAGUCUUAAUAAGCUAAUGUAUUAAGUUUUUAAAGUUAAUGUUUUUUCAGCUGUGGAAUAUAUUUGUGUUUACACACAGAGGAAAUGUAUGUUUGUUAUGCAAAAAAUGAUCUGUUUAUUUGUAAUUAUAUUUGUAAUAAUAAUAAAAUAAUUCAGCUUCUCA